AUGUCGGUGGAGGACCGCCCCAUCUGGUACGAGGACCUCGUCCCGCAGUCUGACUACAAGCACAACCACGAAUACUUCUACCAGGUCCCCGACUCGCCUCGCGGCGUCGUGCUGUUCUUCCACAGCUGCGUGGGCGCCGGCUCCCACUACUGGCCCCAGAGCCAGGCCUGCCCCGACUGCCGCGGCAUGCCGGAGCAAAUGUCGCACACGCUGCAGGCGCUGAGGCGCGGCUUUGCAGUCAUGGCCAUUUCUUCUGCCGACCGAGACAUCGGCUGCUGGUCCUGGAACGAAGACAGCGACGCUGUGGCUGCCAUUGUGCCCGCCUGGAUCAACGAGUGGGGGCUGCAGGCCCUGCCGCUGUAUGGCAUGGGAUUCCCUCCGGGUGCUUCCUUUGCGUUAAAGCUGCCGCGGUAUCUCAAGUUUAACGGCAUCAUGUCGGAGGCUCUGGCAAUCGACCCAGCGGCCUGGGGCUUGGAUGAGAUUGACAAGUACCCUCCCGCCAUCUUCAUCAACAUGGUGAAGGACGAGAACCAGCAGCCGCGGUUCCGUGAAGACAUGCGGCUGCUGCAGGACCGCCGUCGCCCGGUGUGGGACCGCAAGGUGUACCCCACCUACUUUUCCGACCGCAGCCCCUACUACAUCACACCAGAGCUCAGCGAGAAGAUCGCGUUUGCGCUGCAAGAGAUGUGGAUGAUUGAUGAGCAGGGCUACGUGACAGAGGACCCCAGGGACACGCAGCGGCCGUGGCUCGAGGAGCUGAAAGGGCUUGUGCCUGAGCUGGGGGGGAGCACGCAGGACUUUGGCGGGCGCACCGUCCCCAAGUUCUUUGACAGCUCCGUUGACGUGAAUGCGGCAGGAGUCUACUCUCUCAUGAACCUGGCCUGGGCGAAGCACGAGAUCAUCUCUGACUAUGUCACAGUCGCACUGCUGUGGUUUGAGAGCGGGGGCUCAGCAGACAUCCAGGCUUUGCAGGAUGGCUACACGUAUGGGUGGCCUCCAGAGGGGAUGGAGAACUAUGUGUAUGGCGCUCCUCCUCCUCCCUCCCCCAGCCCGCCACCCCCAAAGCCACCUCCCAGCCCCGCCCCGCCCCGCCCCAAGCCGCCACCGCCCAAGCCCCAGCCGCCGCGGCCUCGGCCGCCUCCCGCCAUGCCACCGCCCACACUUAUCGAUGAGCAGCUGCUGAGGGCUGCGGAGGAUGCAGAGAACGCACUGCCCUCGGAUUCCGGCACCUGGGACAGCAUCUCCGCCUCCCUCGCGGGGGCGCCCGCCCCCUCCCAGGACGACCAGUCUGGCGGCAGUAGCAGCAACCUGGCCGCCAUCAUUGGCGGCGUGGUGGGCGGCGUGGUGGGUGGCCUGCUGAUGGCUGCCCUGAUCUUCUUCUGCAUGCGGAGGCGCAGCUCCCGCGCCCGCAUCAGCGGAACCGUGGCCCCACCCCUCCCAGACUCAAUGGCCGGCACCAAGCUGUCCGUCAUCCCCGGUGUCAAGGAGCGCUUGGACCUUACUGAGGUGGUGGCGGCAUCAGGCAAGCCGAUUGAUUGCCUGCAAGCCGCCAGCUUCAGCAGCGCCGUUGCUGCACCAGCGUAA